AUGACUUCACGAUACUUCCAUACUCGUCAUAAAUACCCUCCCCCAACGAUCAAAACAACAUUCCCCUUCACCUCCUCCCGAAAGUUCACCAAUUUCUCGAAACUACCUACAGAAUUGCGCCUGAAGAUAUGGCGACAUUGCUUUCCCAAACCCCGCGCGAUCGUCAUUUAUACAAAGCACCUUGGCUGGGACGAUAGCGGCCGAAGAGUCCACCGCUACGAUUCUUCCAAGCUUCACCCGACCAUUCUAGCAGUGAACCGCGAGUCCCGGAAUGAAGCCCUCAACUUCUACAUCAUGAUCCAUGGCCCCAACAGCUUUUGUGUGGCCUUCGACAACGACAGGGACACAAUUUAUAGCAUGACGCCACCAUCUGAAUGGAUACACGGUGAUCUGAGCCUCAAGCUCUUCGAGGAGCCUAUGUUCGAGUGUUUAGCCAUAGGAAGAGGACAGGAUGCCGUUUUCCACAACGACGUGCGAAUCAAGUCCCUCGCAGUUAACGAAGCAGACCUGAAGAAUUCGGGCAUGGCAAGGCAAUACCUCGAAUUAGAUGAGCUAAUUAUCGUCCUCCCGUCAUCGCUCGGAUUCCGACGGUCAGAUAUUGGAGGAGGCGCCCAAGUUCCACCACUGAUUCUGGGAAGUCCACCGCACCUGGAAAGAGGAGAAGCGCAACAGAAGAUUUUGAGAGAAAUGGAGAAGUGUGUAAAGAGGGAAUUGAAGGAGGAAGAGAAUAAGGGGAAGGAAAUAAAGCUGCCAGUUAUCAAGGUUGUCCAGUGGGGGACUCUAAGGACAGAAGAGGACUUCUUUUGCGUUCAUGUUACGCCCUUAAGCUUGAGGAAAGACCAUCUUUAG